AUCAAUUCAUCAUAUUGUUUUACGAGUAGGUAUCACAUUUGUCAAUUUUCCAAGAUAAACAGCACAAACAAUCGAUAUACAAUUCCAGGAACAGUGAACACCAAUUAAAAAGGUCAACUAUUACAAUCAGAUACGACCCAUUCAAUUGAUAAGUAUGAAAGCGACAACUUGCUUGCUUUUAAUUAUAACGUAUCUGUUUCAAGUAAAUUCAAAUAACUUGAUCGAUUUAACGUGGCCAUUUAAUAAUGUCACAAUAUCGUGGGGCGAUGGACAAAAAUACGAAGUUACUAAAGAAACUAUUAUCGAUAAACCAGAUGGUAAUUGGUACGCGGCCAAGGAGUUUGCAUUAGCUGAACAUUGCGGUACCCAUCUGGAUGCGCCUUACCAUUUCGCCAAGAAUGGGUGGAAGGUCGAUGAAAUACCUUUGUCGCGCUUAAUAGUAGAAUGCGUGAAAAUUGACUUAUCUGAAAAAACCGCGAAACUUGGACACACUUCUCGUCUCUUACCCGAGGAUUUGAUCGAAUGGGAACGGCGCCAUGGUCCUAUACCACCCAACUCUGUUAUUUUAGCGUACUUUAACUGGGGACAAUUCUAUAACGAUCGAGAAAAGUACUUGGGAGCGAACAACUCCGCAUCGUAUAAAUUUCCUGCGUUGUCGCCAGAGGCAGCUCAAUGGAUCGCUAAUACUAACAAAGUUGUUGGCGUGGGAUUAGAUACUCCAAGUGUGGAUCCAGGGGGAACCACCACGAAAAUGGUUCAUAAAACCUUAGCUGAAAAUCAAAUAUACGGUUUGGAAAAUGUUAAAAUUCCAAAAGAUUAUCCUGAGAAGGGUUGUCAUCUCUAUGUUAUGCCAAUGCUUUUAGCAGGAGGAACAGGGGCGCCUGUGAGGAUUAUUUCCUAUUUAAACGGAAAUUAAAAUGUGGUACCUACUAAACGUACCUAACAGAUAGGAUAUUAAGGCGGUAGCAUGCGUAUUACUAAUAUAAAAGUGUGAUACUUGGAAAUAAAACCAACACUUUAUUACAUUUA